ACGUGCGGUUGCUAGGGGUGCCUGACAACAAACGGGAGUUGCAGCGUUCACUGUUCAGACAAGUAGAGAAAGAAACGACAUUUUACUAUAAAGUACCGGAAAAGCAACUCAUGUUAUUUUAGUCAAACCAAACGGAACAGUGUGUCAAAAUGUCGAGCGCUGUAGAUCAAGCUCUAGAGGCUCUAGAAUUUGAAGUAGGCUGGGAUAAGCGUUAUGCCAUCCCCGAACCUAACGCUGAAAACAAGGCCCUGAUGGAGGACAUUCGUAAAAAAGAGGCAGAGUUGGAGCGACUGAUAAAAAGCAAUGCAGAAAAGAGGACUAAAAAAAAGUUAACUGCUGAAAUGCUCAAAAAUGCCAAACAAGAGGUGGAAAAUGCUGAGGCUCUGUGCAACGCUCUGGAGAGAGAGGAAAAGCUGGAGAAACACCUCACAGCCUGUGCUGAGAGGAUGAAAGGUCGCCUGAGGCAGGAGGCUGCUAAGCUAGAUAAUGAAAAUAUUUCUUUAGCCGAGAGAAAGGACAUGCUAGAGGGCCACAUCUUCAAGGCUAAGCAGAAGCUAGAGGAGUUUAGGAACCAGAUGAACUGGGACCAACAGACCAUGGAUGCCUUUUUAGAGGAGUCAGCGCACAAGUAUGAGGACACAAUGGCCAUCAUUAAGUACACCCAGCAAGAUGAGCAGAGGAUCAAGUCAGUCACUCUGGCUAUAGAGAAGAAGACACUGGAGGCCAAUGAGAAGCGCAAAGCACUUGACAAAAUACGUACUGAGGCUAUAUCUACACAGAUUGCUUUGGAUAAAACAACAGAGAAUCUGCAACAGGCCCACAUGGAGAUGAAGCAGCUCAUCCACCAGUGGGAAAACACCACUGAACAGAUGAAGCAACGGGACGCUGAUAUAGAGCAGUGCGCGCUGCAACUUGCCCAAGCCAAUCAGACCAUCGGUGACAAAAAUGCCGCCAUUGCAGAAUGGAAGCACCUGCUGGACACUGAGAAGAACAACAACAAGGAAACUGAGAGGAAAAUAUCCGUGGCUAACCGACAGGCUACAAAACUGCGGCAGCAACGGAAGGAGCAAGAGAGCAAUAGUAUUAGGCUGCAGGGCGAGCUGCUGAGUUUAAAAGGAACACUCGACAAAGCAACAUCCAACGUGAAGUCUGUGACAUCCCAAAUCUCUAGACUGAAGACAGAAAUCCAAGAUAACGAGGAUAAACUGAAACAAACCGGGGCCUAUAAUGUGGCGCUGGAAGAGAAGCUAAAAGUCGUUACCCAGACUGCCCUCAGUGAGGAGGAGAGAGCUUCACAGAUGGACCAGUUCCUCAAGGACGAGGAGCAGGUGAUCAAGGACUUGGAUGUCCAGCUACGUAACUGCAGGGAGGAACUUUUUCAUGGUCAAGAUAAGUUGCAGGCCCUCAAGAAUAAGGAGAAGGAUUUGAGUUCCCAGCUUUCCAGGAAUAAAUCCACCAUCAGCACCCAGGACAUUCACCUAAGAAAACUGGAGGUUGAAUUAUCCAAACAGCAGCGGAAUCUGUUAGAUAAGGAAAGACAAAUCCACCGACUGAGUAAAAAACUGGCGAGACUGCAAGGUAACAUUAAUUCAGAUGAGAAAGAAGGACUGGACCAGAAGAUCACAGAACUGACUGAAGCCUUGGAGGAGAAGAAGAAGACAGCCAGCAUGCUGACCAACACAUUCAAGGAGGCUGAGAAUGAUGUUCACAACUUGAGGAAAAAGAUGGAGAAUUCCGAAGCUGAAAAGAAACAUCUGGCUAAGGAGGUGGGGGAGCUAAGACUGCAAAAAAGCGUCAUGGAGAAGGAGCUGAUGAGAAUCAGGCUCAGGAAUAAGGAAAACCUGGUAGAGUACAGCAUCCUGAAGAUGGAGGUGAAGCGUAAGAGAGAUCUGCUGUUCAAGAAGGAGGACAGUGUGCUCUCAUUGGAGGAGAAGAAGCUAGAGCUGCAAAGAGCCAUUAAGGAGCGGGAGGAUGAGAUCGAAGUCAGCAGAAAGAUGCUCGCUCAGCAGCUCAAGAUCAGUGAGAAGGAGAGGCAGAGACUCAGUGCUGAUCUGAAUGAGAAACUGUCCAAGAUUGAGGUGAGUAAGAAACGUUAUGAAGUCAUAACACUUUCAAUGGGAGCUCCUGAGGGGGAGGAGGAGAAGGCACAGGCACACUACAUCAUCAAAGCUGUGCAAGAGAAAGAGGAACUCCAGCAGAAGGGAAACACUCUGGAUGCUAAAAUCCGCAAGACAGAGCUGGAAAACAAAGCUCUGGAGAACACUGUCAUGUUGUACAACAACAGUAACACAGCAUUUCGCAAAUCUCUCACUAAAGCAAUGGAAUCUAGUCCAGAGAACCAGGAAAAACUGAAGCUGGAACAGCAGUUAAAGGCUGCUGAAGAGACACUGAAGUUUAAGAGAAGACAGAAACAAGAGCUUCAACGGGACAUACAGGACAUGAAUAACACCCUGGAGAGUCUCCUACAAGAAGAGCAGGUGGAGACGGAUAAGAUAGAGCACAAACAGUCACUCAUCAGUAAGCUGCAAAAAGAAAUUGCUGCCCAGCAAGUGAAAAUUGACAGAGCAGCAAAGCAGUGCUCCAAGCUUACCAAAAACAUCCGCUCAGCUCAGAACACAAAGACUGAGACUUUUGAGGAGAAGGACAUCAGGCUGAGGGAGCUGAUAGAAUUCAACAAGAGUAUCAACAAGAUGCUGAUAGAAGCAAUGGAGGAACAACCUGACCUCCGAUUAGUGCUGGAGAAAUACUUCCUGGAGGCCAAUCUCUCUCUUCCGUCUCCGUCUUGCACUCCCACCAGCCACCGGAGCUCCAAGGCAAACUCUGCCUGCAGCUCAGCCUCCUUCAGGUCUUCAGCAUCCUCAGCUGGCAGCAGCCCAAGGGCCUCUGCGCUGAAGACUGUGGCGCUGGGCCUGGAUCUGACUGCGACCCCGCCUCCACCCAACUCCCCCAGCUCUGCCAGCAGCAGUAGCAGCAGCAGCAGCAGCAGGAAGUCAAAGAAACCAUAGUGCAAUGCUCCUCUGUCUACUUAAUGUGUUAUAUCAUUCUUUAUUUACAGACGUGGAUGAAGAACAACUCAAAACAUUUGCUAAGAUGAGACAGAAAGUUAUGGUUACUAAUAGCCUCUUAGAAUAUCUUUCUUAAGACACAAAGUCUUAAGAACAGUUAAUGUUCAAAAAGUAUUCAGUACGUUAUUUAUUCAGUACAUUUGUUAUUUGUGGUUCUUGUUUUUGUUUUGUCUUGAAUAAAUGUAAAUGAAUCUAA